CGGUAUUCAUUGUGCGGUCGUCAAAUAAAUUUUUUUCCAACAUAUAUGAUUAUAAAUAUAAAGCAGUGUUAAAAUGGAUAUAAAUUUUGAAACGACCUUGUUGUGUGAGGAAAUUGAUGAUCCAAAUAUAAAAGCUGCUGUGCAAGAAGUAAUUGAUACAGGAUCAACUUUACCUUUAACCAAACGUAUAGUACAUGAUACAAUACAGAUUAGACGUAUGGACAGAGGACUUCCAGAAUUAGUUCAAACAACGAAAAAACGAGAAUAUUAUGAGUUAACCGAAGAAGAAGAAAUAAAGAGAAAGUGUAAAAAAGAAUUAAACAAAAAAGCAGCAAAAAAAUAUCGCCAGAAACAGAAAGAAUGUCACCAAGCACUUCUUUGGAAGAUAAAUGAUCUGGAGGAGAAAAAUAAAAACAUCGCUAGUGCUUUAGCUCAAGAACGAAUGGAGAGAGCUGACUACCAUAUUUGCCGCAACUGUUGCAACCACACCACAUACUGUAAAAAUGAUAUGUGUAAGGUUUUUAGUGAAGAAUAAUUGUAUUAAUGGGUUAAAGAUAAGAGUUAAAGAGUAUAUAUUAUGGUGAUUGCUUUUUCUGUGAUUAACGUCCGAUGUUGUAAAACUCGUACAUUGUAAAUGAAAUAAAAUAUUAAUAUAAGGCUAGGUAUGAAAUGCCACGAUUGUCGUAUUAAAGAACAAAUUGAGGCAUGAUAUUGUGAUAAAAAUGUAUAUUAUGUAUCAUUCCAUAUUUUAAAGAUUUACAAAAUUUCUGGAAUCUGCAUCUUAUUUUCUGGAACAUCUGAUUUAAUAGUAGCGAUUUUGUUAUAUAAAAACCAAAGAGAGAGAUAGAGAAAUGGGGUUUAACAUCCACGUGACACAAACUAGGUCAUUUGGGGACUAACACAUGGUUCAAUUUUAUUUUAAUAAUUCGCUUGCGCGUAUUAGUCUUUAACAGUGGGAGAAAACUGGAGGGCCCGGAGAAAACCAACGAGGUUGGACUUAUCACGCACUAACCAUUCGGUUAUCACCCCUCCCCCCCUAAAAACCAAAGAAGUUAAAACAUACUAUAUGAUAAAACUCGCAUGAUUGAUAUGUUAUUUUAAAUGACAUUUUUGAAAAAUGAAUUAUUAGGGUUGUUUGUUCUAAAAAGAUUGCGAGUACCGGAGUUUAAAUUAUUAAAAUAUACAUAUUCCACAGUUAGUAUGAUUAAAUGCUGAUUAAUAACGACAAAUUACAAUGGCUUGCAUGAAUUUAUUACUCAUGUAUUUUCAGUGUUUUGUGUAAAGGUGCUAAUUCUCUCGUUACAAAGAUUUGUGUCUCUUACUUUUUGGUAAACAAACACUAAAUAGAAAUGUGUAAUUUAUUUCAAAUCUUAAUAGUGCUAUAAAUGUGACUCUAUCUGCAAUUGUGUUCCCCACAUAUUAUGUCCACCUGUUAAUGUGGUCGUUGUCACUAUUUAGGGUAAAGAUGGUCCACCUUAGGCUAGUUUUUAAAUUAUUGCCCCUAUUAAUAAACCUAUAUUACUGGACUCGUACUAACUCUACAGAGUUAAAUACUUUACAGAUUUCAUUAAUUAAUUCUUGUUACAAAAGUAGUUAUUCCUCCAUAAUUGUUGACUAAAUGAUAUUGUACUCUCCCUGUAGAGUUGGGAUCUUUACUUUACAACAGGUUUCUGAUCAUUAUUUACAAUACCAAGGGAAAAUAUCUAGAGAUGACGCGUGUAAGCGUGAUGUGGAUGAUCGGUGUCUUUUAAAAAAUAUAAUAAAUUAGAGCACAGAUUAUGUUUUAAAAGUUUAUUAAUCUAAUAAAAAAAAGUCUAAGGUA